AUGGACGCGUUCCUCCCCCCUCCUUCACGCCUUCAAAAGACCAAAAAAGCGUGGAACCAGUGGAUCGUCGCGGGACCUCAGAAAACAUGGGAAACGCGACGAACGCGAAAAAGAACAUUGUUUGUCCCGGCCCGACUUGGUGAUGAUGAUGAUGAUGGAGAUCAACGGCUGAUGCCGGACUACAAAUUCUACUAUUUUGUCAACCGCGGCCGUGGCGAGGCCAUUCGCCAGAUGUUCCACCUCACCGGCACCAAAUUUACUGAUGAGGUGUUGACUCAGGAGACCUGGGCGCCGAUCAAAGAUGGUGCGCUUUUU